CCCCAUGUUACCUUGACGUGGUGUUGAGACAUUACACACAACCAACUGUUGCAGAAAUGGAGGUAUCUGUAAAUUGACGCCAGCGGACUGGGAACUUAAAAAACAGAUCCACCCGUUGAAGCCGUUUAAAAUGUUUCGGUUUUUAUUGGUAAUAACUUUGGUCACUGUGGUGACCAUGUGCAUUGAUGAGGAAGCUUGGUACAAUGCUGAAGAAGGAGAUGACAUUGGCCUGGCAGACUUGCUGGAGGAGGAGGACAUUCAGGCAAUUCUGAAAAAGUAUGACAUAGAUGAUAAUGGAGAGCUGAGCGAGGAUGAACUUGAGCUUGGAAGAGGGGAGAUAUCAUCAGCAGUGAGACGGAAACAGAAGGAACUGAGGAAGGAUCCUGACAGAGCAGAUGACGAGACGGAGAAGGUAAGACAACCUGAUGUAGCUGCUUCAGAACAGACGGAGAAGAACACCACCAACUAUAUAUUGUUGUCUGUGAUUGGUGGAGGUGUAGUGUUGGUGCUUGCUGCUGGCGUGAUGAAAAGGCAGCAGACUCCUGCCCCUACUCCAAUGUCUCCAGACGCAGAGAGAUUAUUGUUGAAGAGAAGAGAGGAAUGGCUAGACAAGAUGUCCAGUCAGAAUGUGGCUCACAAUCAACAGAGAAGGUUGAACAAUUCCAAACAAUCCACACCAUUAUCUACUGCCAGAAAUAAUACAAAGAGCAAAGCACAAAUAUCAAGACCUGACCUAGUUCCAACAGACGACACACAAACAUUACAAAACACUACAGACAAACCAGAAUUCAAAACUGACCAACAAGCUGAGAAGAGUGAAGACAAAUCUGAUCAGCUGAAGCCAGUUGAACAAACAGACGAGUGUGAAAGUAUGUCUACCCAGUGUGAAAGUAUGUCUACCCAGUGUGAAAGUAUGUUUACCCAGUGUGAAAGUAUGUCUACCCAGUCCCAGAUGAAAGUUGGCAUCAGUCUUACUGGUACAGACCCAGCAGAGAUGUCUGAUCAGCCCCAACAUAACCAGAAACAGAUUGUAAGAGGGAAACCAGAUAUAUCACAAGGUGGAUCUGCUGAUUCCACUGAGGACUUAGUAUCAAGUACACACAGACAAACAGCACAAGCACAGAGAGCACCAGCAACAUCAAACAAGAAUAAUUUACGACAGUUCCUGUCCAGUGUUCUCGACUCCACCAUAGACAUCACCACCACAGGGAAGAUCAGGUACAGCCUAGGAAGUCUCACCAUCAAUGCUAAGGAUGUACCCGAACAGCCUGCUGGUAUCCCAGCCUUCCUGGUUGAAGUAAUGAAGAAGAUAGUUCCACGUCAGAUUAGUCACAUCAAAUACAUCAUGAAGUGUUACAGCAUCUGUGAGGAGUUCCAGCCUCACUACAAUGACCACCUGGUGACUGCUGCAGGUGACUGGCUGAAACAGUACAGUGUUGGGGUCAUCAUGGACAGCCUCAAGACAGAGUCAGCUAAUGCCGAGGAUGACGAUCUGUGGUCUGACUAUGACAAUACACACGUUGCAAGUGAGGCUGUGAACUUCCUGUUGUGUGUGACUGGGUGGUCGAAGGACUGUGUUCAGGUGCCUGCCAGCCUGUUGUCAAGGUUACUGCAGCAAAGUGAGGACAGUGCAGGUGCUGCCAAGGAAGAUAACUCUGUCCUAUUCCUGACUGUGUUGCUUCAGGCUGCAGGUCAACAAGUAGCCAGUGUUGAGAGGAUGGAUGAAGUGAUUCUCAGGGAGGGCAAGACGCUCAGAGCUCUGGAAAUACUACUUGAUAAUGGGACUGCAGGAGCUGUGUUAGCAAUUGCUCUAGAGAAGGAAGUGCCUGAGGCUGCCAAGGGACUGGGCAAUUAUUUUGAGAAGUCAUCCCUGUUUGGACCUCUUCUGGCGGUGUCCACAGUGCCAACCAAGUUCCAGCGAAGCGUCAGAUCACCCUGACAGGGAAUGCAGCGUCGCCAUUUACAUCUAUGAGAGGCUUCCCUCGAGUCACUGAGUCAGACCUCCACCUUGUUGAGUCAGCAAUCCAGGAGGGACUUCAUCGUUGUUGGAAUGUGGUGUACAAUGCCCUGAAGAAGGUUGUAACCUCCAGGGCGUCGAGGGAGCAGGGCCUGUCCUGGAUCGCCAGUGUCAUCAACCUGAACGAGU